UUGAAGACGAUUUCCACCAUCUAAUGAUGUCUUUCGGUUCAAAUUUCACCCGAAAUGAAUUGACUUUAAACGCAUGUCUAGUGUCUUACAUCGUAGAGUCACCGACCGAGGUUUAUAUCGACAGUACCAUCUCGGCUUGUGUCAUAAACGCCAUAUUGCUCAUCAUUGGUUUUGCAAUGAACUCGUUGGUCGUCGUGAUAUUUGCUACGUCGAAACAGCUUCGAUCCAAGUUGACAUUUCUCCCAAUAUUGGUUUUAUGUUCCGUCGACUUAGCCACUGUGUCGGUGGUGCAUCCAUUAUUUCUGAUCCAAGCAAUUGCUGAGGUGCAGGGGUCUCCUGAUUGCGUGUAUAAAAUCGCGUAUUUCUCAGCGUUGUACAUAUUUCCAGGAAUGUCUGCCACCACAUUGCUAAUAAUGAAUGUCGAAAGAUACAUUGCUAUCGUCUGGCCGUUGUGGCAUUUACGGAUUUCGGGCAAGAAGCAAAAAUUCAUGCUGGCUUGCGUGCUUUUCUGGCUCGUGAUUGCAGCCAACGUAGCGUGUCGGCUCUACAAGCCAGCGUAUUCCAAGCCAUUCACGACGGCUGGCGUGAGCAUGGCUUGCUUAAUAACACUUUUCAUUUACGUUUCCAUGUUUCAAGUGGCGAGAACGCGACGCUCCAAGCUGGAGGCGAGCGGGGAUAUCGAACGUGACUCAAACAAAGGCCGACAGAACUUAAUCCACGAUUUAAAGAUUGCAAAAAUGUAUUUCCUCGUGGUCGUAUUGUCGUUCAUAUGCUAUCUUCCCAUUGGCAUAGUGGUGUUUGCGACGAAGUACCCUUGGCGGGAAAACGAGGCUAGGCGCACGCUGUUGGCACAAGUUUAUAUGUGGGCGAACACUUUCAUCUCCAUGAAUUCUACGCUAAACUGCUUAGUGUUUUUCUGGGCGAACGCGAGACUAAGGCGGGAAGGAUUGAAGCUAUGGCAACGGUUAUUUAAGUCAGUGCAAACCGAUUCAAGAGGAAGCUCCGAGAGUAUUUGACUUGAGAGGAGGUCGUAUUGCACCUGCGCGUGGCGACUCAUGCAUGAACUUGGACGUGAACUCUUGUUGAACUUGGGAAUACAAGAAGAGUUGUUAUGCUAGCACUAGGAUACCCUGAAGAGCGAUGAUUGACGAGCUCCAUCUCGUAUGCGAGAAACAUUGGAGUUUUAGUUUUGCUCGUUAACUUGUAAGAAUAAGCAGAAAAUAUGACUCUCUCUAUAAAUGCGGUUUCAGUCUGACUUGAAUUCACUGUUGCAGAGGCUUGCGCAGUUUUCAAAGGACUGCCUUUAUUGAAUUAACUAUAUAUAUAUAUUGUUGACACAGGGUUAAAGUUGUAUUGGUUGUAGGAAUUAAGUUUGAUUUGCGUAGAAUCACAAGAAAGCAGAUAAAUCCGCGAGCAACGUUCUUCCUUCCUAUGCCGUCCAGAGUCGUCUAUACGCGCAUUUAGAUUCGUUAGCAUUCAUCGGCGCCUCGAUCAGUCUAUGAUACCCCGCGUUGAAGGACAAUAACAUUACUUAAAAUACUGUACCUUAUAAUAUCUUUAUUCAGCACUACAGGAAUAUAGCUUAUUUGUGAGAUUCUGAACUACUCAAAUUUUAUCAAUUCAACCUGAACACCAUUUGGUUAGUUACAUGUUUAUUUCUAAUAUAAAUGAUGGUGCUGAGUCACUGAGCGUCAAAGAUGGUACCGACCAUGCACGUACUGAAUCUAAAUGUGCGUCGUAAACGAAAUAUGCUAACGUCACUGAGUAAUAAUAUUUGUCUUUGAAUUUCUAUCUACGCAGAAAUUUAUACCCUCUUUACACCCUGAGAACCAAGUUGAUAAAUA